AUGGGAAACAAGGCUUCCGUUCUGUUCGGCACUGGUCCUCAGAACAUCAUGUCUGACACGGAAGAAGGCCCUUCGGGCGAGACGGCGGUGGGCGGGAGCAAGAGCACCAGGCCCGCGGCCAUGACGGCGGAGGAACAGGCGGAGCAGACCCGCUACUCGGAGCUGUUCGGCGGCAAGCCCAAGCCCAAGCCCAAGCCCAAGCCGAAGGCAGGGGGGGGAGCUUCCGAGGGUCGUUCCACGCGAAGCACAACCGCCCCUGCCAAGAGAAAACCCGCGGCAACGAGGCAAAAGAAGAAGCAGCGCUCCGACAAGGGCACCUCAGCCGCCGCCGCCGCCGCAGCAGCAGCGGCAGCCACGGAAAGCGGCGGCGCUACCCGUGCCCCGGAGGGCGAGCACGACCGCUACGCGUCGGGGGACGAAGGCCGGGGGGAGGGGGGGGACUCUGACCCGGGGUCUCCGUACCGGGGUAAGGCGGCCUGGGCGGUGGGGACGCCCGCGGCGGCCGGGGGCAAGGGCAAGGGAGACAAGCAAUGUGCGCCGGCAGUGACCAAGGAGGAGCGCCAGAAGAAGCUUGCCGCGGCCAUCUCGGCGAAGAUCACAGACCUGGAGAAGGGCGCAGGCGACGGAGGAGGCCGAGGAGCCCCGGCGGGGCAGGAGCACGGCACCCGGGAGCCGGUGGCCGCCGUUGCCGGGGGAGCGACCGACGCCGCGCGGGCGCGGGCCGCGGUAACCAACGCUUUGUUUGCGGGCGCAGAGCCGACGGGGAGGCCUUCAAAGGAGCUGUUGGUGAGCGUUGGCGGCGGAGGGGUCCUGCUGGACGGCAACAACCACGGGGCCGCCGGGGGGGCGAGCGGGGCGGCGGCGGCGGCGUCCGGCGUGACGGGAAAGAACACCAGUCCCAGGCCGGCACCGCAGCGCAACUACAAGCUCAAGGGCGUCGUUGUUUCUGCGAGCCAAGGUGGGAACAUACUCGCAACAGCGUGGAGAAUGGCCGUACCGGAGGUGGGGAUAUGACUUCGUCAUUCUUACGAGGUACACGGGGGUGCUCGAUUUUCUGACGGACGGCGUAUGCACGAAGGUAGCGAAGCGUCCAACACGUGCCACGCUGGGUUUUUAGCCUCUUGCUGUGUUGCUGUGUUGCUGUGUGUAUGUGUUGGGUCUGGUGGAGCGGAUGGGAUGGGGUGGGAUGGGACAGGACGGAACGGGCAGAAUGGAUAGGAUGGGAUGGAAUGGGACACGGAACGCCAUCAGUGGCAGAUUUGGAGGAGGAGAUACUCUGUGGCAGCAGCUGCGGUGGUUCCGGGGUUUGAAAGCGUGCGUAGUCGAUCAGUGAACCCCGGUGGCUUGCCUGCGUUGCGAAUCGCUUAUCGUGUGUGUUGGCAUGUGGAACGCCAGCAGGGUGGGCGGGGGGAAGGGGGGAAGGGUGACCGUCCAUCUGGCUUGUGUGCGGCGGAAUCAGGGACGGGCCAACGGCUGCCUCGCGCGCACGGAACCGGAACCGCCACUGGUCUGUAGUUGGUGGGGUCGUUGUCCAUUGUUGCUUUUCGUUCAAGGGCCACGUGCUGUUGUGGUAGUACUACCAUACGCCCACCUCGCACCUCUACCACCCCCAGGCGGGAGCACUUGAGGAGUUGACAGACCAGGGAAGUGAGAGCGGAGGGGGAGUUGCCGGCGCAGGGUGAAACCGGUGUAUCUAUGUAACACAUCGGUGGGUACUUUGUAUUUCAAAAAGGGUGCGGUACACGGGUUUAGCGCACGGGUGUAAGCACACGGGUGUGGCACAAAGGUGCAGCACGACGAAGACCUAGCUCUCUAAGUCCACAGCGCAGUAGCUGGCGCCAAGAUUUCGCGGGGACAAGCCCCUAGUGCUGUCGAUAACCGAAAGUCGAUCUACGCAUCUCGCCGAGUUUGGAGAAAUUUCAUUCCUCUUGGGGAUGGAAAGUUGCCUCAGAUUGAUGUGGGUGGAGGGGAUGGUCACAACAGCGGUGGUGCUUUUUUCGCAAACGAAGUGGGUGGUUGGCUGACGCGGUGGGGUUUUGAGAUAAUCUGGCGGUCGUAAACACCGCUGUGUGGUCGAGGACUUUCGGGACUAGCAUCACGAAAGUGUGUAAAAGUCUGCGCGGAAGAUUGUAGCUGGCAAUGCUAAUGCUCUGUGGUUUUAAAGAGUUAGGCUGAAGAAUGCUGCUGUUACUGCAAGUUCUAGAGGAUUGAGAGAAGGAGGCAUCCUCACUUUGUAAAAGGAGUAAAGGUGGCACGGCAUAUUGUGAAUAUUGUCAAGUAUGCAUGCUUCAGGUUCGGAGUAUAUCUCAUAGUCAUACAAAUACAUACGUGCAUACGCAAGAGAUGGAAGCCUGGUCAGGUGCACCAUGGAUUCAUUCAGAUAUGGUUGGCAAGCUCCGACCUGGUGUUGGUGGGAUUCAUGCGUUGGUUAGAUGUGAUCGUUGUUCUAUCAUUUUCGUUGUCUAUAGUUGAGCGACUUUGUUGCCGUGACCACCACCGCCGUGAUGUUGAAGUAGGUGGCCCGCUUUCGCCUUCGUGUGAACUGACGCAGUUGCGAUUGCAACGCAUGGCGGUUUCGCGCACAUACUCUGUGUUCUUUCUUUAUUUGUCGUUCAUGUGUCGAGAAAAAAGUGUCAAAUUGUGUUUGGUGUCAUGUUUUUAAUCUGACGGAAGGUCUCAGUGUGGCCCCUGUUUUGGCUGUCACAUGCAACGGAGUAAGCAACCAUCCUGCAGUUCACCCGCCAGAUCUGUACAAGCCCGAGAGAAGUCUGACUGCUGCCUGGCCGGGGCCAACUUCAUUGAUUGUCGGGUCUUGCUCUUUUAUCGCGUCCGCAAUGGUUUUUCUGGGUCCUUUUGUUUCCGUUGGUUUGGUUUGUACCCCUCUUGGUUAGUUGGCCUGUGUGCCCAUGGAAGGCGUCCGCUUCACUCGACCCGGUGCCGAUGUUGGAAGGAACUGUGAACUGUGAGCAGAGACCUGGGUGGCUUUUAAUGGGAAGGCAACAACAAACUGCUGUGUCCUUUGUCGUAGGCGGUACCCCCAAAAGGAAGGCGGAGGUACCCUCGAAAGGGAGGCGGAAAGGGCGACAUGAUGGGUGCGUCGGGACCACACGGUCAGUCCUAAUUGAUUGGCAUUCCGUUCAAUGGUCGGACAAAUAAAGUUGGGGGCGAAGUCAUACGAACCCGACGCAAGGUUCAAAUGUGACUACUACGAGCAAAUGAGCAGAUAUACAUC